AUGUAUCAUUCUCCGCAGGAGUUGAACGGAGUUCAUAACAGUGUGGCCAACGUUGGAGGCUCAGAAAACAACAGCUUCAACUUCCAACAUCAUGAGCAACAUCUGUUUGAUGUCCCCGUUUCAUGUUUGAACUUCGAUUCGCAAAAUUUUCUGUGCCAGUCUUCUGGAGACCACUCGCCUCCACUGUUCGGAAGUGUUGUUGAUUCCUUCUUAUUCAGCCAUGAAGACACGUUCUGUGAAACGUAUAAUGUUUACGAGCAUUUCAGAAACGAGAAAAAGAACAUCUUGGAGGGUGGUGCUUCUGCCCCGGUUAAUGGGGUUGAGGUUGUUUCUGCCACUUCUGGAAACUCAGCUUCUAGCAUGGUUCCAACGAGGAAAAAAGGAAUAAAAUGGACCAAAGAUUUGCAUCAACAGUUCGUAGCAGCUGUUAACAAUCUUGGUGGUGCUCAAAAAGCAACGCCCAAGGCAGUGCUAAAGAUGAUGAAUUCAAAGUCCCUGACAAUUUUUCAUGUUAAAAGCCACUUGCAGGUUGCAAUCUUUUCUUAA